AUGGCAACCCGCUCCCGGCCACCCUCUCGAGCCCGCUCCCCUAUUGAUCAGGGAGAGUUGGGACCCUUCCUUCCGCCAGCCUCCCCUGAGCUCGGCAAAGUAUCACUCAAACGGGUCAUCCGCCUCCUUUGGGGGCUCCAAUCCCAAGUUGACCGCAUCGAGCGGACCCUCUCGGAACAAGCUGAAGUUAGUCGAGAGGUUCGAACCAACGUUGAGAACAUCUCGCAAACCGUUGAUACUGUCAAGGAUGGGCUUGCCCAGCUCCAACAAUCCCGGGGUCCCCACACCCCAGAAGAACGAAAACCUCCCGCGGUCGAGGAAACUCCCAGGGCCGCGCCCAAAGCCGAGCCUAUUGGCAAGGCUCAACCCUUCCUCGGGGCCCCAGCCCCCAUCAUCUCCACAGGGGCCCCCAGGCGCGACCCCCUAUCAUUAUUCAACCCCUAUCCCUCAUUCCCCCAAGGACCUCCACCAGCGCCUAUCGUCACCUUGGCGCAACCUCCAGCCCCCUCCACUGUAAAGGUGGACCACCCAGACGCCUUCAAAGGCAAAAUUGGCUCGGAGGCCAAACAAUGGCUAACACGCAUGUUAGCCUGGGUACGCCUCAACCAAAGGCAAUUCCCCUUGGACCUGGAGGUCCUUAGCUUCCUCCUCAUGAACAUGGAAGACGCAGCCGGGGCCUGGGCCCAUCCCCACCUGGACCAACUAGGGUCCCAUCGCGCGCUCAUCCAAACCGUGGAUGAGUUCAAAGUCGAAUUCCUGGCCGCCUUUGGCAACCCAGAUGCAACCAGAGCAGCGGAGCGGAAAAUCACUUCCCUCACCCAAACCAGCACAUGUGCUGAAUAUAUCACUAAGUUCCGCACGCUGCAAAUGGAACUCGACUGGAACGACGCCGCACUUCGCGGCCAAUUCGCGCGAGGACUUCACUGGGAGGUCCGCCAACAAAUUGCCACGAGGGAGAGGCAACCCCGUACCUUGAGGGAGCUGCAAGACGCUGCCCUCAUUAUUGACAACGCCCUCCGCGAGGAGAGAGCCAGCCACCCGCAGCAGGGUAAUAAGUCUGGCAAAUCUUCUACCACCCCCAACCGGGGGGCGAGUACUGGCCAACAGGCCACCAAAACCGGUCCCCUCUCCUCCGACCCCAACUAUGUCUCGGAGGAAGAACGCAACCGCCGCUGCGUAGAAGGUCUCUGUGUCAAAUGCGGUAAACCAGGGCAUAAAUUUGCCAAAUGCAGGACCGGAUGGAAGGCCACCCCCAAGGAGGAUAAGGGGAAGGCCAAGGAAACCGCCAAAAUUGGCAAAGAAUCUGGACCCAAAUCGGGAAAAGAUUAA